AUGGUUCAGGGACUCAGGACUCCUGGGUACAACUUGCUAUAUGCAUUGGACAAAGGUGAACCCAGAUCAUGCAUAUUAGCAAGAAGUAACACUAAUGUAUAUUUACUCCCUAAUUACAUCGAUCGAAAUGUAACCGCGGUCAGAUUGCAAACUGACCAAGGAACAAUCUGGAUUGCGUCGGCAUAUCUCGGCCCUCUCCCUGGCGAAAAACUACGGAGGCUUGUAGCCGAUGCUGAAAGGCAAAAGAUCUGCCUCAUAAUUGGUUGCGAUGCAAACGCCUAUCACACGGUCUGGGGAAGUACCGACAUGAAUGAUAGAGUAAGUAAUACUGGCAAUGAACCAACAUUCGUUACCAGAAACCGACAAGAAGUACUAGACAAUACUCUUGUCUCCGAUUCGAUUCAUCAAAGGAUCUUAAAUUGGAAAGUAUCUGAAGAACACUCGUUCUCUGAUCAUAGAUACAUCCAAUUUAGUCUUAAUGAUUUAACUACUAAACAGUUAGCAUUCCGAAACUAUCGCGAAACUAACUGGCAAAAAUACAGGGAAACUCUGAAAAGCUUACUUAAACCCGAAUUUCUAAGUUAUCCCUCAAAUACAAUCGAUCUCGACAACAAAGUCAAUGAUCUCACUUCUGCCCUUAACCUAUCAAUGAAUAACUCCUGCCCACUCAUACAACAAAAGAAAAUGGAUUAUACAAGAUAUAUUUUAUAG